CAUCACAACUCAGAGGGGGGGGGAGGUACGACGUGCGUGUAAAAUAGAAUUUUGCUCAUGCAGAAGAGAUGUUGAUGACAUACGACGACAUGUUCACAGGAAGCCAAGUGGCAGCUGGGACCGGCUCGUCGUGACAUUGUUUUUUUUUUUUUUUUUGCGAACGUCCUGCUCUUCCAGACUGUGACACCUUCACGCUCGUCCAGGUUCAAGCAGCAUCACCGGCAUGCCCGUCCACGAAACUGACAGCAUCUUGAGCUACCAGCGGCCAGAUGAGGAGGUGGUGAUAGACCAGGGUGGGACCAGCUCGGUGCUGAACAUCCACUAUGAGAAGGAAGAACUGGAAGGCCACAGGACCCUCUUUGUUGGGGUUCGGAUGCCGCGGCAAAGCCAUCGGCACCACAAGGCUCACGGUUCUCGGCACCGUAAGAAAGACAGGAGGGCGGGAAGCAUCUCAACGCCACAAAGCGAGGGAAGUGAGAAGACACCCUGUCACGACACGCCGUCCCAGCGGGUCCAGUUCAUUCUUGGUACUGAAGAGGAUGCUGAGCAUGUGGCCCAUGAGCUGUUCACUGAGCUGGAUGAGAUCUGUGUGAAGGAUGGCAAAGAUGCUGAGUGGAAGGAAACGGCCAGGUGGCUUAAGUUUGAGGAAGAUGUCGAGGACGGCGGCGAGAGGUGGAGCAAGCCGUACGUAGCUACGCUUUCUCUCCACAGCCUGUUUGAGCUGCGGAGUUGCAUCAUCAACGGCAGCGUGCUGCUCGACAUGCAUGCUGACUCCAUUGAGGAGAUAGCGGACAUGGUCCUGGACCAUCAGGAGGCAUCUCAUGAGCUGGAUGACAGUGUGAGAGUUAAAGUGCGUGAGGCCUUGCUGAAGAGGCACCACCACCAAAACGAGAAGAAGAAGAACCUCAUGCCCAUCGUGCGCUCCAUUGCCGAGGGGACUCGUAAACAGUCAGAGACCCAUCUGACAGCCACAUCUCCUCAGCCUCCACCUCCGACAGAGCCGGCGAAGAACGGUGCUGGACAGGACGCACAUCAAGUGGAUCUCAGCAAGGUGGACCUUCACUUCAUGAAGAAAAUACCAGAGGGAGCAGAAGCCUCCAAUGUGCUGGUCGGAGAGCUGGAUUUCCUGGAGAGUCCCAUUGUGGCUUUUGUCCGCCUCUCCCCCGCUGUGCUGCUCACAGGUCUCACUGAGGUCCCGAUACCCACCAGGUUCCUCUUCAUUCUGCUGGGCCCGGAUGGAAAAGCUCAGCAGUACCAUGAAAUUGGACGCUCCAUGGCCACCAUUAUGACAGAUGAGAUAUUUCAUGGUGUAGCUUACAAGGCAAAGGACAAAGGAGACCUACUGGCUGGAAUAGAUGAGUUCUUGGACCAGGUGACUGUCCUACCCCCGGGGGAGUGGGACCCUUCUAUCCGUAUUGAGCCACCUAAGAAUGUUCCAUCUCAGGAGAAGAGGAAGAUGCCUGGUGUCCCGAAUGGGACAGCAUACCAGGUAGAGGAAGAGCUACACGCUGAGCACCAUGGGCCGGAGCUGCAGAGAACUGGACGGUUGUUUGGUGGUCUGAUACUGGACAUCAAAAGGAAGGCCCCCUUUUAUCUGAGUGACUUUAAAGAUGGCCUUAGCUUGCAGUGUGUGGCCUCGUUCCUCUUCCUCUACUGUGCCUGCAUGUCUCCUGUCAUCACCUUCGGAGGGCUGCUGGGAGAGGCAACAGAGGGACGCAUUAGUGCAAUUGAAUCCUUACUCGGUGCAUCUAUGACUGGAGUUGCCUACUCGCUGUUUGCUGGCCAGCCUCUCACCAUUCUAGGAAGCACAGGACCCGUGCUGGUGUUUGAGAAGAUCCUCUUCAAGUUCUGCAAGGACUACGACCUGUCCUACCUGUCACUGAGGACCUGCAUCGGCUUGUGGACGGCACUGCUGUGUUUGGUGCUGGUUGCCACAGACGCCAGCUCUCUGGUGUGCUACAUCACUCGCUUCACAGAGGAGGCCUUCGCUGCCCUCAUCUGCAUCAUCUUCAUCUACGAGGCCUUGGAGAAGCUGUUCCAUCUGGGGGACAUUUACCCCUUCAACAAACACAGUAAUCUGGACAAGCUGACGCUGGCAUACUGCGAGUGUGCACAGCCUUAUACUCCCAACAAUAAAACCUUAGAACUAUGGAGCAAGAAAAACAUCACUGCUGCUGAAGUACCUUGGGCCAACCUCACUGUCAAGGAGUGUAUGAGCCUGCAGGGACAUUUUGUCGGGACUGCAUGCGGCCCCCAUGGGCCUUACACCCCAGAUGUCCUCUUCUGGUCUGCCAUCUUGUUCUUCUCCACCUUCUUCAUGUCAGCGUUCCUCAAAGAUUUCAAAACGAGUCGGUAUUUCCCCACCAAGGUACGGUCCAUGAUCAGUGACUUUGCCGUAUUCCUUACCAUCGUCUUCAUGGUGUUGCUCGACUAUGUCAUAGGCGUGCCCUCCCAAAAGUUAAAGGUUCCCAGCAAAUUCCAGCCCACCAGAGAUGACCGAGGGUGGAUAAUCAAUCCAAUAGGGCGUAAUCCUUGGUGGACGGUGUUGGCAGCCUCUAUCCCGGCUCUCCUGUGCACCAUUCUCAUCUUCAUGGACCAACAAAUAACUGCAGUUAUCAUCAACCGGAAAGAGCACAAGCUGCUGAAAGGUUGCGGCUACCACUUGGACCUCCUGAUGGUGGGGGUGAUGCUGGCCGUGUGCUCCAUCAUGGGCUUGCCGUGGUUCGUGGCUGCGACCGUCUUGUCCAUCUCUCACGUGAACAGUCUGAAGCUGGAGUCGGAGAGCUCAGCGCCCGGAGAGCAGCCUCGCUUUCUGGGCAUCAGAGAGCAGAGACUCACUGGCCUGGUCAUCUUCUUGCUCAUGGGAUGCUCGGUCUUCAUGACUGGAGCGCUUCAGUUCAUUCCGAUGCCGGUGUUGUAUGGUGUCUUCCUCUACAUGGGAGCCUCGUCAUUGAAGGGCAUUCAGUUCUUUGACCGUCUUAAGUUGUUUGGGAUGCCGGCCAAGCACCAGCCAGACUUCAUCUACCUGCGUCACGUUCCCUUGAGGAAGGUUCAUCUGUUCACGCUCACGCAGCUCACAUGUCUUGUCCUGCUGUGGGUCAUCAAGACCUCACCGGCUGCUAUCGUCUUCCCCAUGAUGGUGCUGGCUUUGGUAUUCAUCCGCAAACUGCUGGACUUUUGUUUCUCCAAUCGGGAGCUGAGUUACUUGGAUGAUUUAAUGCCUGAAUGGAAGAAAAAAAACCUUGAUGAUGCUUCCAAAAAGAUUGAUGAGGUAAAUGCGAUAUUUAAAUGCACAAAUAGUCCCCAUGCAAAUAUUGACAAUUGUCCAUUGCAGGAAACCCAGGUUAUGCUCGAUACCAAAAGUGAAGAUGCUGCAACUGUUCAGAUUCCCCUGGAGAGCAGUAAGCCAGUGCAGACCUCAAAGGCACAUGACCCCAGGUGUGAUCCCUCUGAUAUUAAUAUAUCUGAUGAAAUGUCUAAAACCACCAUGUGGAAAUCCCUCAACUCCAAUCAAAAGGAUUCUCGGCCUGUGUCUGCUAAAAAGGAUUGAGGAGAUUGCCUUUAUAGAUGAAUAAAGAUUCCCACAGUCCGUGCAGUUAUGCUACAAAACUGUCCAUAUGGACCUCAGGAUGUCCCCAUUUGGCUUUGGACCAUCGGCCGUCUGAGAUAUUUGGGAAAGUCCACAAUUUCUACCAGCUCCACAUAGCACUUCACAGUACUGUCAUGCAACACACACACACACACACACACACACACACACACACACACACACACACACACACACACACACACACACACAAUGUUGUGAUUCUUGAUUGUGGAUUUGAAAUAUGAAAAGAUAGUUUUUUCAUAAUUCUUUGUUUGCGUUAUCUUCCCUGAUUAAUAGCAUGCAAGUCGACUGGCGACCCAAAAGUGCACAGUUAAUACGCUACAAAUUGAUAUUACAGUGAUACCUCACUUUCUGGUAAGAAUCCGUUCCAUAAUUUGUGUUGUACAAAAACUGAAACAAUUAUUUCCUUAAGAAAUAAAACAAAUCCAAUUCAUCCAUUUCAGACACCCAAAAAUAACACAAAACGUGUUUUAUAGUCAAUAAUUAUGGUGUUACAUGCAGAAAAUUAUGUGAAAUAUAAAUGACAAAUAACUAUAAAUUACUCGUACCGUGCUACGAGUUAGUAUUUCUCACCUUAUCAAAGUGCUGGCACUUGCAACUUUAUUUGGUCCCAUGGUGGAUUCCUUUGAAGUCAAUAAAAAACAGAGACUGAGUCACCAAGGCGAAAGACUCUUUGUUCGGCACAUCAUUCCGUUGGCAAUGUUUGGCCGUACAAUAACCAAGACGCAAUACAAAAUCAUUGGAAAAUUGUUGGUGAGCAUUUUCAUGGUAAAACCAAUUAAAUGAGAUGUAAGUCCUACAAAAACCGAGGUACCACUGUGCAGUUAAACAAGUUGGUGCAGCAAAAACCAUGAACCAAAAUAUCCAAAAUACAGGAUGUCUCCCGAAAGUCUGGACACAUACUGUAAGCAAACGCUCAUAAUUUCAAUUGGAAUAUUAAAAAAUAACAGCUGCGAUAUGAUUUCCAAUAUUUGUGAUGCAAAGGUUGAUGCACUUUGCAAGAUCAAUGUGGACUUGAUGCAAUACCUUCACAUUUAUUUUCACUUUUUGCAAAUGCCAAAAUUUUGUCAUUAGGAUUUAUGCAAUAUUCAGUAUGAAAUUAAUUUUCCUCAACUAAAUUUCUGAUGCACACUCUUUAUUACAAUCCAAUUGGUUUCUUCCUUUGCCCUAAACUAAAGUGUGUCCUCUUGAACAAUUGGCUUGAAUAUUGUUUUAGAGUGUUAAAAUAAAAUACUUUUUUUUUUUUUUAGCUUUUUAUGGAUACGUCAAUUAUUCGUAGUGUUUUACCACUCACUGGGUUCUGGGAACGAAACCCUCGCGAAUUGCAGGGAUCUACUUUAUUAUAUUACCAUCGCACAGGCUGAAAUGCACACAACUUUACACACUUAACGAAAAAACAGCAGAUUUUAGUAGGAAUUUGUACAAAAUGUUUAUCACUGAAUUACAUUCCCAACUGGACUCAUUUCUAGUGACAUGUUUCCAUAAUACAGUCAGUGUCUCCCACUGGACUGCAGGGUAUUUGUGGUGGUGGGUUGCUGGGGUCUAACUUCCAUAAUUGGCCGUGACGCAUGUAGUUUUAACAGAGGCUUUGGUGACAAAAUGUAGGCAAACAACAUGACAUCGCAAGCAGGACGUAGCAACCUGUGAAAGUGUUGGGAAGAAAGAUGCGCGCUUUCAUGUUCCAGUCUCCUAAAGUGACUAAUAAGAUCAGAAAAGGUGAUUACCAUAUUUCCUGGACGAUAGAGUGCACCCACUAAAUGUUCUAUGUAUUAGCUGCACGGGACUAUAAGUCACAGACAUACAUUGUGAAAUGAGUUGUUGACACAGAAAUAUUCUGCAAAUGUUUAUUUACAUUCCUUAAUUGUUUCCAAACGGCAGUAAAACGGUUGAUCCAACAAAACAGAAGACAUCGCCAUGGACCCACUAGCUGCGGAAUCUAGCUCUCCAAUCAGCUAAACAGACACAAUAAGCCCACGAUGAAGUUUUGGUAUAUUUACAAAACUGGAACAAUAUAAACAGAAUGCCAUUGUAAGUUAAUAAUACUAACACAGAUACUCGUUAACGUGUUAGCAUAUUAGCCAAUGCUAACAACACAAGCUUGAUUACAAAUAUGGAGGAAAACACUCCUACAGACAUCAAACAUGGGACAGUUUAGUAAGUGUGAAAUGUUUUGGCUAUAUUGUAAAAAUGACAAACGUUGCUUGGAGUGAUGAAUAGGAAUGUAAACAGAGUACCGGUAUUUUUUUGGUACCGGCUCCUAAUUAGGGCGGUUCAUGAGGACCGUGAAGAUUCUGGACUACUGAUACUGCUAUCGGUAUUUAAUUAUCCAGCUGACCGACGUAAUUAUGACAAAAUGUCACAUUCAGUUCAGCUACCGCUGCUACACAUAAAAUCAGCUUCGAAUAAAGACAAAUAAGUAAGCAACACCACACAAAAGUUUGCAACACAACAAUGUUUCCUCCUCAAAAGUUUCUCAAAGUCACGCACGCUGUGUGAGUUUGAAGUGAACACAUUUUACUCACGAUGAGUCACGACCGCGUUUUAUCAACCGUCCUCCUAGCAAUGCAUUAAUCCACGGGCCAAUAAUAAUCCACUCAAAAACGUGAACAAUUUAGGUAAUAUAAUAAUCCAUAGAGUUGCUUUAAAGAUAGCAUCCGCUGUGACUGACAGGUCUCUGGUUGCCGUUUGACGUCUCUUCAUUGAGCAGCGUUACAAUCAAUCAAUCAAACUUUAUUUACAAAGCGCUUUUCAUACAUAAAAGAAAUGCAACACAAAGUGCUUUACAGACUCCGAUGACCCAGAUCCCCCAUUAUCACAUACGCACACACGCACAUUUACACACAUAUGCAACUAUAUGAACAAAUGAAUGCAUGGCUGAGUACAGAGGAGACAUGCGAGUAAACACUAUCACAGGAGCCAUCUGCACCAGGGGGUCAUCAGACCAUGGCCACCAGGACGCUGACACAAAGCGCCCUCACAGCACGGCCGAUAACCCCUGAAGCACAUGGCUCCCUCUGAAGAACGCUGGAAAGUAUUAAUAAUAAAACCUGUAAAAUAGUAAGAACCAUGAGGAGAGAUAAAGGAUAAAAUACAAGUAAGACAUAUGAAGAUAAACAAAUAAAAAAUAAAAAAUGAAUAAAUAAAAAUAAAAUGAAUAUACAUUAAAUAUAUAAUAAAUAAAUAUAACUAAAUAAAAUCUUGCAUAACUAAUAAGAUAAAAAGUAAAGUACAAAUUAGUUCAAGAAAAUUUGUAAAAAUAAAAAGCCUCUUAAAAACAUGAACAUCCUCUGCAGCCCUGAGGUCCUCCGACAAGCUGUUCCAUAGACGGCUUGAUGGAAAAAUACCAUCCUGUGACUUUGUGUCCUGACUUUUGGAAUAAUUAGAAGAUGAGUGCCGGUGGAUCUCAGGGCCCGGGAAGGUUCGUAGGGUAAAAGCAAAUCUGAAAGAUAAGAAGGCCCAAUACCAUAAAAACAUUUAUAAACCAUAAGAAGAACCUUAAAAUUUACUUUAAAAAAAACAGGCGUUGAUUAAAGACUUCCCUGCUCUGAGAUGUUACAGGUGUUCAACCUCUUAUGCUAAUAGGAUUGCUAAUUAAAAUGCAUUUUUUUCACAUCUUCAUUUCCACAAAUUAAUUGGGCUUCACGGUGUCAGAGGGGUUAGUGCAUCUGCCUCACAAUACAAAGGUCCUGAGUAGUCUUGGGUUCAAUCCCGGGCUCGGGAUCUUUCUGUGUGGAGUUUGCAUGUCCUCCCCGUGACUGCGUGGGUUCCCUCCGGGUACUCCGGCUUCCUCCCACCUCCAAAGACAUGCACCUGGGGAUAAGUUGAUUGGCAACACUAAAUUGGCCCUAGUGUGUGAAUGUGAGUGUGAAUGUUGUCUGUCUAUCUGUGUUGGCCCUGCGAUGAGGUGGCGACUUGUCCAGGGUGUACCCCGCCUUCCGCCCGAUUGUAGCUGAGAUAGGCUCCAGCGCCCCCCGCGACCCCAAAGGGAAUAAGCGGUAGAAAAUGGAUGGAUGGAUGGAUUUCCACAAAUUACAUAAUUUCCCUCGUGGAUCAAUAAAGUUUGUCUAAGUCUAUAUAGUACCGAUAAACACUGGUAUCGAUAAGGAAUAUCAAUAAGGGUAUCGUAUCAAUAAAAUCUUAACAAUAUACAUCCCUAGUGAUGAAUGAAGAAUCCAUAUGAGUAAAAACGCUACGGAAGACUAAAAGAAGCAACGGCACUCGUACUUCCGGUUGAAAGCACUAAACAGAAAGAAAUACGGUGAAGGCGUUGAUUUGUUACAAUUAUGGCCAUUAGCGAAGAAAAAGCCAUUAAUUUGCUGCACCGUUUUGCAAGCCACAGGUUUCAAAGCAGAGGAAAUAAAGUAGUGGCUUCUAGUCCGAAAUUUACCGUACAUUUGUCGUUAGUCGCUUUAAAAAAAAAAAAGUAUAAAAAUCGCUAAUUUGCUAACACCAAUCCCUCUUGCUACGUCUUCUUAUGCUCUUGGUGCAAAUGUGAUGUGUUAAGAAGUAGAGUUACAAAGCUUCAUUCACAUACAGUCCCAUUAUAAUUGAUUGAUUGAUUGGAACUUUUAUUAGUAGAUUGCACAGUGUAGUACAUAUUCCGUACAAUUGACCACUAAAUGGUAACACCCGAAUAAGUUUUUCAACUUGUUUAAGUCGGGGUCCACUUAUACAGAUAUAUACUAUCAUCAUAAUACAGUCAUCACACAAGAUAAUCAUCAGAGUAUAUACAUUGAAUUAUUUACAUUAUUUACAAUCCGGGGUGUGGGAUAUGGAGGGGGGGUGUUCAUCCAUGGCGGUCCAUCUUUAUUUGUGGCAGUUUGCUAUAAAUGUAUGAAUGUAUGGGAAACUGACAGUAAGACUAAGUGUGCAUUAAUGUGGUUUUAACACAGUUAAAAGUCUGCUAAUGUGCGCCUCCAAACUGCACAAACAUGCUGCAUUCAGGGCAAUAAUUUUUGUACGACAUCCUACUAAGUUGUUGGCCGCACAUACAAACCCACACAAAUUCUAACCCUUGAUGGCUCAGCUCUCUCAGCUGGGCCGUAUGACAGAAUCUAAAAUCCUUUGUUGACGUUACGUGUGUCUGUCGCUCAUCCUUUCAAAAAUGUGUCGUGCACGCUUCUCUGGUUUGUGAUGACGUGGUCAGUCAAUUGGUGCACACGUUAUAUACUCUCAUGUUUCACUGUAAAUUGUGUUUUUUUUUUGUGUGUGGUAUUGUAAAUAUUAGGAGGAUCCACACGAGUGGAAACAGCCAAAAGUACUAGAAACAUAGUAGUGUCUUAUUUCUUUACCUCAGACUAGUUUGUUAAAACUCCUGCAAGGCACUUUGAGGGGAGGAUUGGAGACCUGACCAGAGGGCAGUAAUAAAGAUUUGCUCUUUUUUUUUUAGUGGAGGGAAGUUGGAGUUUAUUAGCAAUAAUUUACCCAAUCUCAAGUGAGUAGUAGGGAUCUGAAUUAUACACAAAUAAUAAUAAUAAUUAUCUUCAGGGAUCCUUUGAGCAGUGACAUUUCCAUUCAACGUGCUAAAUUUCCGUCUUUUUCACUUGAAUAAAGCGCUUUAUUUGUAGUAGCACUUUCUGUAGAUACAUCUAUUUAAUAUUCCAUUAUUUUUAAGAGACCGACUAGACCGUUUAAAUGAUUUAUUACAAUCAUUUAUAUAUUUCAUAUAUUGACGUUCUGUAUAAAGUGUAAAAAUAAGUUAGGUGGGUCAAGGCAAAGCUUGGUGUGUCAUGUCAUGUUUGGGUGGAGGACAAAAUCAUUUCAUUCAUUUGCACAACAAGAAGCCGAGAAGUGAAAUUGAAAUUUUCUGUUCUACGCUUUGAAAUCUGCCUUUUAUUCUCCAUUUAGUCCAAAUAAAUGAUACUCUUUUGCGCGCCCUGUAUAAUCGGUCUACAUCUUGUAGAUUUCAAAAGUGCAUUAAUCCUUCACUGUAACUUGCUGUGAGUCCUCCUUGUCGGUAACGUCUGUAUUUGUGUGCUGUACCUUCAAGUAUAUACAGUAUGUAAGACAUUUGAAUGUUAAUAUUCGCUGUGUGUACAUGAUAACAAACUUAGUGAAAGCAUGACCUACUAUUCAUUGUGUACAGUCAGGGGAAUAAAUGUAUGCACAGUAUAUUGAAUUCAUCAAUUUGACACAUUAUUAGAUGGGAAUGUAUGGCUGACAUGCAUAUGAAUGUUUCCAUUAGACAAAUUCAAUGUAUAAAUGUAUAAACCACUUCCUGUAGCAUUAUUUUUGGAUUAUUUUAGAGCAUUGCAAACUAUGUGUCACAUUUGGACUGUUUAGUUCCCCUGGUAUGAUCACCAGUAUGUACAGCGAAUGACGACAAGAGAAGAUUCAGGGAGAAGAGCGACUGUACGACAGUUGAUAAGGAGCCAUAAAGAGCAAGCGUUGUCUCUUAAAACAUUAUAGACUGUCUCAAACUGAAGUGUACAUGUUUUAUAUGUAUCUGUACUGUUGUUUUUUGGAAUUAUAUACAAAGACAAAUAAACGA